UUGUAGUCUACCGGGUCAAUCUUGAGAAGCUCGGAAGGAAGUGAUGGCGGUUAGGGUUAUUCAAGAAAGCUAUAGUUAUCAUUAGUUUUGUUGGAUUGAAUAAUGGUGAGGCCAGAGGUGAUCACCAAGACACAAGUGAUAUUUUACCGGUAUCGGGAAAAAUCGGCGCAGCAAAAAUCGUCCCAGUGCGCAUGCGCAGAAGUGGAUCUUCUCCAUUGGAGAGGCGGAAAACACAACCCUCAACACCACGAUAAAAUUGUUCCAGUGGAAGGUUCUACAGGCUGUGUCUGGUAAGAGUUCCAUCACCAAUCAUUCUGUCUGAGCACUACUGAGGCCAGCCACAAUUGGGGAGGGGUGUUUGGUCACUGUUACGUCACGCAUUUCCAAGAAAUUGGUGAAGGAAACAUACUUUGCCUGUUCACCUGAGCUGCGACAUUUGGAUGUAUUGAUUACGAAUCCACCUGACAGACAUACAAGUAUACCAUUCUCUUCACUGAGACAAGCAGUGUGCCGUGAGUGACAACAUGGGGACAGCAGUCAGGUUUCUGGUGCUGGUGAUACUGAUCUGCAUUGGUGAGGCACGUCAGUGUUACAACUGUACCGGUGACUGUGUCAGGUAUUCGGAAUGUAAGGGUUCAUGCUUCACUUCUGUACGUGAGCUGGGUGGUGAUGAGGUUCGCAGCUGCAUUGAGGAGACUGAAGAGACCCACUGCAUUCCAGAAGACAAAGCAGGAGUGAAGUACAAAACAUGCUACUGCAACACUGAGCUAUGCAACCCUGCCUCUACUCCAGUCCAUCUAGAUAUUUUACUGUUUCUUGUCAUAUGUGUUCAACUUCUCCUAAGGAUGAGGUAAAAGCUGUCUGUAUUCUGCAGAGGUGAGGAUGAAGUUGACUGAUAUGUUGAUGGAUGAAAAUAAUGGGCAAAAUGCAUGGAAAUUAUGUUUUCUGAUUUAGCAACAGCUGUGUGAAUAUUUUGAUGAUAGUGGUAACCCAUUAACUGCAUUGAUGUGAAUAUAUAUAAUGUAUACAAAGUGUGAUAAAAAGUUUUGAUGAUUUUAGUGAUACUCAGUUUUAAUGAGGAGUAGACAUGUACCUAUUUCAGUUGUCCCACUCAGAGUCCUCUCCUCUACAUCCACUGACUUGUUAAAAUGUUUCUAUUACUUAUGCUUUUCUGGACAUUCAUUAUUUGGGAUUAAAUAUCUUCAGUGCUAGUAUUAUAUUGUUUGAUCACAAGCUCCAGUUUGGAUAAUAUCUCAAAAUUACAGAGGGCAAAGUCAGGUGAAUAAGGCAGAUUUAAAAUUAACAGGAGCAUUUUUCGAGGCAAGAAGUUGCAGGAUAAUGUGACCUGUGUGGAAAGCAUGUUGUCAUAGUAAAGCAAAUCACCUUCAUACUUAUAAGGCGAGGAAAAGUCGUGUUCUGGAGAAUUUGGCAGAGGAUGCUACAAAUCAGAUGGCAAAAGAGGACAGACAGCUUAGUGUAAAAGAAUUAUAUAUAUAUAUAUAUAUAUAUAUAUAUAUAUAUAUAUAUAUAUAUAUAUAUAUAUAUAUAUAUAUAUAUAUAUAUAUAUAUAUAUAUAUAUAUAUAUAUAUAUAUAUAUAUAUAUAUGAAUUUUGCACAAACAAAUGAAGGUGAUGUGUUAGGAUUUGUUAAUGUGUUUUUUUUUUUUUUUUGUUUUACCAAAAUUAUGAAAUUUAUGCACCAUUAAAGGAUCUCUUGAACAACUAUGUUAUGAUAAAUGGUAAUGUUUACUUGUCUUUAUAAAAUUUCUCCUUUUCAAAACUUUUUUUAUCAGUUGAUUGAUUGCCUGAUUACACAACUAUAUUCCAUUAAGCUUUAAUUUAUGGAGAGAUUAGUAAUUGGUCAAGAGUCACUUUUCCACUGAUACUGUGGGUUUCAAAAGACUGAUUAAUUUGUUUAUGUAUAUAUGAGAUGCCCUGCAUUAGAAAGGGUGCUCAUGCUACCCAAGCCAAAACUGAGAUAGGUGUUUAUAGUGUUUUAUUUGGAUCUUAAUUUUCAUGUGGAAAUGAGUGAAUGUCUCUUUGGAUACUGCAGGCAAGGCUAUAAAUCACUUAAAGGAGAAAAGCAGACAUGAUGCAUUGCUGAGCAACUUUCUGCAUUAGAAGGGUUUUCAUGUUAUGAUAAGUAGCCCUUAUAAUUAAAAACAUUUUCCUGGGCAAAUUCCAUCUUAGAGCAGUGCCUCAACCAGUGCAGGGAGAUUAUUAGCCAAUCAGAGCAGUCUUCUCCCAUUACAUUAUAGCUCUCAGCCAAUGGGAGACUGGUGGCAGUGGCUCCUGUUUAGAAGCUUUAGUUUUGGUUUCUUGGCAGACAAGUAUGUGACAGUUCUGCUGUUUCUGCUUUGUGCCAGUGACACUGGUAUGGGAGUUGUUGGACAAGUGGCCUUUAUGCCAUUGUACAGUUCCAUCUACUGUUUUUUUUCCAUUUUAUUUUUAAUAUUGUUUGUUUUAAUUUUUUUGUUCCACUUUUCAUGAAACAUUAUCAUUAUGUGCAAUAUUAACUGAAAAUUCACUCAAAAUUUGGCAUAACUUUUGAAACUAUGACACAAGUUGCAAGAAAAAUGCAAAAGUUCUGUUAUGAAAGUCAUUAAAUCAAGUACCGUUUGAUAUCAUUAUGAUCCUGAAUGACUAUUUUGGUCAUUUAGAGACCAAAUUUAUUGGCAUAGCAUAAGAAAUAAUGAGAUUGGAAGUUGUUAAAUGUUCGCAAAACUUUUGGGAUGUUUUCUUUAAUUUAAAAAAAAAAAUUGGGGUUAGUGGCCCUUCUAAUGUGGGGCCCUUCAUAUAUAUAUAUAUAUAUAUAUAUAUAUAUAUAUAUAUAUAUAUAUAUAUAUAUAUAUAUAUAUAUAUAUAUAUAUAUAUAUAUAUAUAUAUAUAUAUAUAUAUAUAUAUAUAUAUAUAUAUAUGGUGUCCCAGGAGCAAAGUCAUAUAUUCUUAAAAAUGAAAGAUCAAGCCAUUCUAAGUUGGAAAUAUUCUCUGGUCAAAUGCUUUUAAUGCCAUGGUUUAGAAGGUACUGGACAUUUAAAUAUGAACAUGCAUCAGUGGCAAGUGGCUGCUUAUGGGCCUUCCCAUAAUGUCCCACUGAUCACUGUUACCAUAUGAUUUUUUUUUUUUUUUUUUUUUUUUGCAUUUAUUUGCUGCAAUGAUACACUGCAUUCUUAAAUUCAGUUAUAUCUUUAUUUAUGAAAUCCUUGAUAUGUAAUCAAGUAACAUCUUCAUGAUACCAACCCCCACCAUUGCUGCCCUCUUCUCCUCCCCUUCCCCUUGCCAAUUCUUAGUGUGUUCAUAUUAAAUUAUCCUCUAGCUUCAAAACCACAGUGUUAAAAACAUUUGACCAUAGAAUAUUCUGACUUCGAAUCACUUAAUCUUGAAAUUUUGAGAAUAUGUGAAUUUUCUUCCAGGACAGGCUGUAUGUAUUCAUAUGUAUGUCACUGGUAUUUGUUACAUAUACUUUUUCUAAGUGAAUGCUUUUGUACACUUCUCACUUUAGCAUGAUGUAUUUCUCACUUCAGAAUGAUAAAUAAAAACCACAAUAUUUUGCUGAAAACAACAGACAAGAAAUGCUCUAAUACUUCAAAUAACUUAUUAUAUUAUUAUGAGUAGUUAUUACAAUCAUUAUUAUAUUAGAUGUGGUUCAUGACAAAAAUACAAGAAUCACUGAAGUACUUAUUCUGUGUGUGUAUUUCAGAACAUUCACAAAAUAUAAAUUGUUGGACUAGUUGUCCAUAUUGGUGACAGAUGUUCUUCUGAGAUGCAGCAUCUUAUUUGCCAUUGAAUAUAAUAAUUGAUUCACACUGUCUCCUGCAAGGCAGAUGGAUUGGAUGAUUGUCAGGUAUGAUAACCUCUAAGAAAUUCACAACUUACGCAUUUUGCACAUCACUGCAAGGUUUAAAAACCUCAUGUCAUCAAUAUUCCAGUAUUUUUAUGGAAAACCAUCAUGAGGGUAUCCUGUUUACAAGCACCAUUCACACAGUUAGCCUUAUAAACAACAUUUGCAUCUCAUCACUACAUAAGAAAAAGGCAAACUUUUAUGUUGAACUCACUAAUGCUGAACUCAACAAACAGUAUUGUGAAUAAACAAUGUUCAUGUUUUUUUACUUUUUUAUUUUAAUUAUUUUAAUUAUUUUUAUUAACAGUGAGGAAGAAUCGGUUGAGAGAUGGGAAUUUUGCUAUUAGAGGCAUCUCAUGAAUAACUGGAUGUAUUUAUUACAGGCUAUUAAUAUAUACAAAUUAUUUAUGGAUGGAUUGGGCUAUCCAUGGAUUGAAAGACCCUGAAUUUUAAUAAUGCAAAAAGUAUUUCAUGUUUGUAAGGCACGAGGUUAUUUAUGAUUUAUACUUCUCUCAUAGUACAAUACUCAACCUCCUUGUGAAAUGUUUUACUCAAAAUGGAUAUAUAAAUUAGUCCUAUACAAGUUAAGUGACAAAGUAACACUUGUAUGCAUAGAUCAAGAUGGGACCAGAGUUGGGAAGGUCUUCCUGGAAUUAACAUAUAGCAUCACUUAUCUUCAUUAAUAUUGUAUUUUAUUGUUAGUCAUCUCUUAGCUGAAGUUUGUGGCACAAAUUGAACAUUUGAUAAGGCUGUACAAAAACUAUUCAUAAAUUGGAAGAAUGAUAUGUAUAUUUCGUUUUAUCCGUGGUAGCCACCAAUUGCAAGACCAUGCUUUGAGGAGACACUGUGUGCUAGGCCAUCAUUAACUGUAUGAGGUCAUGCAUUUUUAUAUUAUGAUAUAUCAAAAUACCUUUAUAGGCAUAUAUCCUUGUAUGUGUUUAUUGUUUAUUCAUAAUGUUAAAAGUGCACAAUAUGUAAAAGCAGUGUUGAAAGUAGUAAGAUAAACUAGGAUAAUUAUUCAGAUCACUGUUAUGGUUGGUACCAGCAACAGAAUAGUGAGUUAAGCUGAGUUUCUUUAACUGAAGUCUAGUGUGUCAUGUUUACUCUUGUGAUUCUUGUAUCUCAGCUGCUUUCCAAACAUUAGGUAUCAAGACAGAAUGAACAACUUUUAGCUUGCUUUUACAUAGUGUCAUUAUCUAUAAAACUAUGCCAGUGCAGCCUAUCUGUUUAUGGUGAGGCAUGUUCAUUGCAUUUGAUUUCAGUUUUAUGUACAUUCACAACACUUUGCCACUGUUCUGUACUGGUGACAGUCUAGUAAAGCUUGGAAAGUGAUAGAUUCCACAUAGAGUUCCCUGACACACUGCAAAAGCCUCUGUAUGGAUGUCUAUGUUAGUAGCCAUCCUGCAUGCAUAAUGUUAAUUCAUGUAAUGUACAUUAAUUUCAGAAUGCUUUCAUUGUGGCUCAAGAAAACUCGACAUUGGCAUUCUACACAAGUCCAGUUUCAGCAAUAUCAUGAGAGGGGAAACUACUUUUCUAAAGGUGUAAGGCAGUUGGUCUCAAUACAAAAUAAAAAAAAAUAAAUUGUAGGAAUGUUGAAGGUAAAAUUUUGUUAAAAGAAAAGUUUCGUGCAUUGAAAUAUUGCAAGAUCUGUUGGUUAAUAGUUUUUAGCUUAGUCCUGUCCAAAUUUCAUUCUUUCACUAUGUUGUUGGAGGCAUAGUAAUAUUCUUUACUCACUUUUCAGUAUGUUGAUUGAGGGUCAGUAAUAUUCUGUACUCACUUUUUCAGUAUGUCAAUGAAAAUAGGGUAAUACUCAAUAUUCUGUACUUUGGAAUAACCCAAUUGCAUAGCUCCAGUGUUAGUUUACUAAUUUAUCAAUUUAUUGAUAAUUAAUUGUUUAAGCCAAUCAGUAUUCUAAUCACCAUGUAUCAAAAGUAUGAAUCUGACAUAUGUACAUGUAUUAUCAUCCCUCUGUCAGAAUAACACUAACCUCUCCUACAUCCUUUGCACACUUCUACCUCACACCAUUUUCCCCAUUGUGAUAGAUUUGUGUUGCAGACAACGAAACAUAAGGAAGAGGUGCCAGUUGUGUUAGUGAAGGACAAAUUGUGGAAGUUAAAGCCAGUUAGUAUUUUGAUAAUAUCCCAAUAAUCUUAAGUAUAUGAUAACCCUUGAGAGUGAGGCAUUCUUAGUUUAGAAUAUAAGGGAAUGAAUUGCCAGUAUGUCUUAGAUGGCUAUGUUAUACCCUCCAGUAUUUAGAGAUCUUGUUUGAAUAACAGUGGACACCAGUAGUCUGUACCUGCCAGUAUCAAAAUACUCCAAGUUUGGUCAAACUCAAGCCAUGACGGGUUAAUGGAUGAUCACUCUUGACAACACUAAGUGAAUUGUUGAGAACCAUCAGUUUUUAUUAUUUUUUUACUGUUAAAUUUUUUUUUUCUAUAGCCCCUACAACUUUUGGAUAAUUAUUUUUGUACAACAGUCUCUUUAUGAAUAGUUUUGUAGCCUAAAAAGACAAAAUUAACAUCCUUUUUUUUAUUUUCUGUGUGACCAUGCAAACAAUUUUUCACUGGUCUGAAUGUUAACCAAGGCUGACCAUAGAAGCAAAAGGGUUAAGUAUUUUCACUGUUGACUAUAAUGAUGCAGUAUCAGACUUUUGAAAUUAAAAGUGUAUGUUCAGCAACACAGGAAAUAAUAAGCAAUGAACCAUCUGAGAUGAAGCUUGUCGUAUUUUAUGGUUCAUGGUGCCUAUGUCAUUUCUAAAAGCUUGUAUGAACUUACACAUCCACCCUAGGAGUGUAAGAAUGUUCUGUGCUUCAUCACUUUUUGGUCCACAAUCACCUUGUUGGCAUGGCUGUCUCCACACUUUGGUUAUAUCAUUGCUCUAAGAGUUUUAUCUAGUAUUUGAACUAGGCAAUUUGUUUCAGUCUAUUGUAUUACUGCAUGUACUCGUAUUUUCAGAAGUUAUAUUUUCCCCUAAAUGUUUGUGAAUACUUUUAUUAUUGUACAUUUUUAAAAUAUUGUGUCAUGUGUGUGA